AGAAGACCACAGAGCAUGUGGCAGCCCUACAUUCCUCAUUGUGUGUCCAAGCUCUCCCAUUGGCUCCAAACUGUGAGAAACUCCAACAAGCCCAAGACCCACACAUUCAUAUGGAGAUUUGGGAGUAUAAAUAGAGGAGAUGCAGCCAGUACAAAUCACACUCACUCUACACAGAGAGAUCUGAAGCACAGAGACACAGCCAUGACACCAACCAUCACUUCAGCAAUGACCAUCUCAAACGAGCACCUGCCUCUGAACAACAAGCUGAGGAAGCUGAUGGUGGAGAAGAUGCGCAGAGAUCGUAUCAACAGCAGCAUUGAGCAGCUGAAGUCUCUCCUGGCUCCAGAGUUCCUCCACCAGGAACCUGACUCCAAGCUGGAGAAAGCAGAUAUCCUGGAGAUGACAGUCAGCUUCCUGAGACAACAGCAGCAGCAGCAGUCUGCAUUCUCCUCCAGCUCAGCAGCUGUCAAUCAAGGCUUCUCCAGAUGUGUCCAUGAGGUUGUCCACUUUCUGUCCAAAGGAGAGGUGAAGACACAGAGCCAGAGAAAACUGCUGAACCACUUCCAGAACCUGCUGCCAUCUUCAGAUGAGAACAGGAGGGAAAGUGUUCUGCCUCAGCUGAUCUCUACAGAGCAGCAGAUCAUCAGCAAAGAGAAGAGUUCAGUUAAGAGCGCCCUCUGGAGGCCCUGGUAAAGAGAAGAUCAAGACUCAAAGCAGAAAACACAAGAUUUUGUGUUAAAAUGGACCUUAUUUCUUUAAGUUUUACCUUUUGUGUGAAGCAGAUUAUAACUGAGCUGUUAAGCGUAACAUCUUAUUAUUGUCUAAUGGCAAUAGACUUAUACCUUUCUACUAUGAGAAAGAUUCUUGAUGAAGAUGCUGGUAGAAUCCAGUUAGGAGCAAUGUCAAGAUCUGCAGUCUUGGCAAUGCAUGUUUAUGUUAAACAUAAAUAAUACU